AUGAAGCUCCUGAAAAAUAUUGCGUCUCUCGCUGCGAUACCGUAUCUGGUAUCAGCAACAGCCCAAUUCAACGUCUACAGCGGAACAGAAUGUGCUGAAGGCUUUGUCCGUGAUUUUUUCAUCGACGCCGGUGGAACUGGCGAUAUCUACCUUGAAAACCUGAACGUGAAGGCUGUUGGCAUCGUCAACUCCUCCAAUUACCACUUCAGGGUCUACCUGCGAGACGGCAGUGUGGUUUCAGCCACCCAGUCUGAUUGCGUGCGCUCUAGCGCAGGUAUUUCGUCUGUGGAAUACUGUUUCUGGCUGGAAGACUGUGGGCCUGGUUGGAGGAAGGAGCAGUAUUGGCUCGGCGACUCAGCUGAAUCGACCAGCGAGUCAGCUGCGUGA